CAUGGCACUGUACAUCCCUCUGAUUCUCUUUAGUGCACUUUUCUCCAAAGCACUGACACUGAAAUGUUAUACAUGCAUACCAGAUAUAUCUGGAAAAUGCACACAAACUCAAACUACCUGUCUAUCUCGGUGUGGCUCCUUGACCACAACAGUUUACAUAAAUGGCACUAAAUUGGACAGCAGCAGUAUGAAGAGUUGUGCAGAUCCUUUAUCAUGUAUUAAUGGGAGUAUGAAUUAUGGACCAAGCAGAGUGACACUCAACACCCAGUGCUGUAGUGUAGAUCUGUGCAAUUCUAAUUUUGCACCAGACUUAUCACGACAGCCCCUUAAUGGGAAGAAGUGUUACACCUGUGUUGACAAAGACUGCUCAAAAACUUUGCCUUGUGAAGGUACUGAGGACCAAUGCUUCACUUCAACAGUUGUUAUCGAUGGCAACAAGGUGAUUCAGAAAGGAUGUUCAAGCAAGUUCUUCUGUGGAAACAAUGCAUCACGCAUACUGGGUCGUAGUGUUAGUUAUGACAUGAGAUGUUGUGAUGGAAACCUGUGUAACAGUUGCCAGAGCAUGAGUGUCUUUUUCCUGCUGCUGGUACCACUUCUCUUUUUGCAUUUGCUCUGAUAUGUGUUCCAUUUCAGGAGGUUUUAAGGCUCUAUUGAUAGUGUAGAUGUUACCACUUCUUGUUAAAGGUAAUGCAGCUUCAAAUAAUAAUUUUUCUGCUUAAAUAAUGAUCAUUCUUAUUUAUAUUUAAUAUUAUUAUAUACAAUAUUAUUUCAAGUUAUCUACAUUACUAAUACAAGGGUUCCUAUUAUAUACAUUAUCAUAAACAUUGGCUUAAGACUGAUUUAUCCAGAGCCCUAUUAACAGCGUAAAAUAUAUCCCUUGUUUUGUUCUUGUACAAGUGCAAACAGCUUAGAAAUAGGUGUGAGUAACUUUAUGGUAAUCAGCCUGGCAGAAAAUGGUGAAAUCUAAUGGUAAGUGGAGGGUACAAUAUGUAGUAAUUUACUCUCCAAACUGUAUAGAUUAUUUGGGGUAAUUUUUUGUUUUCCAUAUGAGAAUGUUUAUUAUGGUUUAUGUAAAUUGCUUCACAGCAUCCUGUAUUUUCACAUGCAGUGCAUACAGUAGGAUCCAAAAGACUGAGACCACUAGUGAAAAUGCUUCUAUUUAGCAUUUUUCUCAAUUAAAACCUUUUUUUCCAUUACAAAUUUGGUAAGGUUCCAUUUGUUAACAUUAGUUAACAACAAUAGUUAACAUGAACUAACAAUGAACAAUACUUUCACAGCAUUUAUUAAUCAUGCUUAAUGUUAAUAUCAACAUACUGUAUAGUAAUCCAUUUUUAAAAAUCAAAAGUUGCAUAUGUUAACAUUAGUUAAUGCACUAUGAACUAACAUGAACUAACAAUAAACAACUGUAUUAACUAGCAUUAAGAAAGAUUAAUGCUGUAAAAAUAUAUAUAUUUUUUCAUUGUUCGUUCAUGAUACUUAAUAAAUUAACUAAUGUUAACAUAGUGAACCUUAUUCUAAAGUGUUACCACAAAUGCUAUUAUGAGAGAAAGUUUAAAUGAAAAAAGCAACUUGGAUUUUUCAGUUCUUAAAAUGAGCUGUUAAGUGUUGCAGAAUAAGCUAAAAUAAGAAUCAGAUUUUAUGCCAAGUCUAGAAUCUGACUUGUGAAAAUACAUUUGAAAUAUUGAUCAGAAUUUAAGCUUUGAGUGUUUUUUGUUUUUGAUUUAUGAACGAUAAACCCGAUGAUAAAAAAUAAAAAGAGCUUUACUAAAAACAUGAAUCUUUUAAUGAAUAACAAAACACAAAACAUCACAAAUAACAUGAAUAACAAAGAUUUGUGUUAUAUUUGCCACAGCCUGUGUGCAAGCGCAGAAAAUCACUGUAGCUCAUUUCACUUUUUCAUCAUAUUUAUUAUAUUUUAUUAUAUUUUCACAGUAGUCUGAAAUGCACAGCACCAUGCUGUAAGUCAGAGAGAGGGUAGAAAAUCAUGAAAAACUACAUUAUGAUGAAGAAAACUCUUUACAAGCAUUAUAAGUCAACCUCAUGGGGAACAAUACUGCAAAAAAUGAUUACAUGACUUUUUGGAGAAAAUUAUGUCUUGGGCCUGCACAAGACUAUAAAUAGCUACAAAACAAUAUGACUUGUCAACAUAGUUCACAUGUGACAUUUUAAAGUGUAAGAAAAUACCACCAAACUGUGUUCUGAUUCCAUUAAAUAAUCUGUAGAGAGGCUAGGGCAACAUAUGAUUGGAUUUUUUUUUACCUUGCCAAUGUGUGGACAGCACACCUGGUCACAAACUGUAUGCAAAUGUGACAUUUGCACUCAUUUUAAAGCUUUGUUCUGUAAAGGAUGGGACUAGCAUAUCCUAUUUCCUGAACCUUCGAUUCAAAUACUUCAAACAAAUGAAAGGGUGGUGGCUCAUCCUUUUUUCCAUUAUAGAAAGUGUGUAUAUGAUGAAUAAAUCCUGUUUUGGUAGAUCAACAGUUACAUUAAAAUCCUAUUACAUUGCUGUGAAUUACUGUAAGCACCAGUAGCUUUAUUUGAUGUGGAAUGGUUUAAAUACAGGCCUGGAAUAUUUGAGUCAAAGAGAAGUUAAUUAAUUCUGCAUCUAUCCUCAAACUUCAACUCAAUCAUCAUCAUCGUCAACAUCAUCAUCAUCAUUUAUAGAGAGACGCAGGGCUGAUCUAAUCUGCUGUUUUAAUUGUGACAGUUAGUAUUGUGUAAUCUUGCAAUCAAACACUGAUCCGUUCAAAAUGAACAUAAGUACAUAUAUCUUAAAGGUGCACACAGUAAUUGUUUUGUAAAUUUAUUUUAUUUUAUUUUUUUGCUAAUUGCUAAACUUUUAAACAGGAAAAAAUUGUAAUAGUAGAGCAGUAUUUUAAAAAUAUAUAUGUUUAAAAUGAUGGACACAUAAGAUAAAGAAUUUAGCCAUAUUAGUCAUAGAGAAAAAGCUGCUUUACAUGGUACUGGGCGCACAUUCAUGAGUGCAGCCAUUUUGAGAUAAUUUGACCAGCUGACAAUCUCUCGCUGUAUCUCAAUAAUCCUUUGUAGUUGGCCACUUUCGCUCGCGGAAUAAAUUAAUUAUGGCUUACUGCGAAUUGCACAUUUUUAUAUUGACCUCGGUAGCUUAGAACUUCUGUUUUAUUGUUAUGCCGUAUCCACACUAGGUGUCAACAUACAUAAAUCUUACUAAGUGCACCUCUAUGUAAGAUUACUUUACAGAAAUGAAAACCUCCAAUUUUCACAAUUUGUACCAGUGAUAAGCUUCAGGCUAUUAGUAUUACUACAACACAGGCUGUAUCACAACCUGAUCUCUCUCUCUCUCUCUCUCUCUCUCUCCCCACCUCUGCCCUGUUUGUCUCCACUGUCUUAUAUACAUAUAAAAAGUAUAAAAUUGUCCAGAAAUUAAAAUAUGCUUUUUCCCAUGUUUC